AUGACGACGGGUGUUUUCCAAUACCUUGAUCCUACGAGCCUCAACAAGGUCGGAUCCGCAGCUUGGACCAAAGUCGACACUGACGUGAGCUCCUACAGCCGCAGCGAGCGUCGCCGCUCGGUUGCCGACAUCCGCACAUCCAGCCUCGACUUUGGCACUGACAUUUCCGGCUUCGCUGUCUACAACUCCCCGGCCAACGAGAAGAGCUUCACCGAUGAUGCAGCUGUGCGGACCGGGUAUUACACCGAGGUCGAGGAAUUGCUUCGGGCCAAGCUCCCUGGAAUAAAAAAGGUCGUCAUCUUCGACCACACCAUCCGUCGGCGUGAGGCGUCGUCGCCGCGCCAGCCGGUGCAGCAAGUCCAUGUCGAUCAAACACCUCGCGCCGCUGAAGUUCGCGUGAGGCGUCAUGUUCCUGCAAAUGAGGCUGAGGAACUGCUCAAGGGCCGCUAUCAAAUCAUCAACGUGUGGAGGCCCAUCUCGCACCCUGCAACAGACUUCCCGCUGGCUGUGAUUGACUGGCGGUCGACGGUGCCAAAGGACCUGGUCAAAGUGGACUUGCUGUACCCCAAGCGGGAGGAUGGAGCAGAUGAUGAUGACCGGGGAAAGGAGGUGCGCCCUGAUCCUCAGUCUGCGCAGUCGGCGGAAGGAUACGAGGUGAAAGGUGAACUCUGGGCGAUUGCACCAAAUGAAAACCAUAAAUUCUACUAUGCCAAGGACAUGACUCCUGAUGAAGCCAUGUUCAUCAAGUGCUACGACUCAAGGGGCCAGGGGCAACCAGGUGGCAAGGAAGGGCUUGCCGUGUUGACACCACAUACCGCGUUUAUUGACCCUGCAACACCGGCAGACGCAAAAGGUCGCCAGAGUAUCGAAGUGAGAUGCUUGGUAUUUUACGAAUGA